AAAACACUAUGAAAAUCAUACUUCAAUAAAAAAGUUUAUUGCUUUUCGCAAUGGUUUUCAAUUUGCGAAUUUUCUAAUAAAAAAAAAACACCUACAUAUUAUUUCAUAUACAACAUAUUAUUACUGUUUCAUAUUUAACAUAUAUACUUACAUUUCAUAUAAAAUCUUUACUAUGUUUCAUAUUUACUUUACAUUAUGUCUAUAUGCAAGUUUUGUACGAGGUAUCCUUUGGAAGAACGGAAUAAUUCAUUAUACUAUAAAUAAUAAGGACUAUGAUGCGCAUUCUCAAGAAAUAAUAAUAUCGACUCUAUCGCAACUACAAGACAAAAUAUGCAUUAAAUUCUUUCAAACGGCUCCAGACUUCAACGCUACGGAAAAUGAUAAAAUUCUCUACAUCAAUAAUCAUGAUAAAAGGAAAAUGUGUUCGCCCAAUCUUUACGACUUUAGUAAGACUGUUGUGGACAUGCCAAUUGGCUACAAAUGCUUGAAUCAGAAGGAAAUAGCAAGGAUUGUUAUGGAAAUGCUACGAGCGAGUAUCGAUUCUAGUGAUAAUACAGUGAAUAGCUACGAUUUGGUGAAUAGGUUUGAGGAAAAAGACCCUAACAUAAUAAAAUCAUCAUUAAUAUCGUCAUGGGAGCGUAAUUACAUAAACUCUCAUUACAAAACUGAAUGUGGACUCAUAACGCCUCCAAUACUGCCAACAGUAAGACGACGGAGUGAUAAAGACUCAUUGGACUCCGUGCAACUCAGUAAUGCCAACCUAAAGUAUUAUAAUGACAAACUAUGGCCUAUGGGAAUAGUUUUGUAUGGAGUUGACCAGAAAUUGGUUGACACAGUUGAUUUCAAAGCCCUAAAACACGCAAUGACCACUGUAGAGCUAGCAACGUGUGUAGUAUUUCAAGAGGUUGUAUUGGACGGUGCUUUGUUGCCAAAAAGCUUAAUAUGGUUCGAUGAAUCUGGCGAUGAUAUGCCUAGGUUUGGAUUCGUUGAGGGAAAACAGACAGUAAAACUAUCUUCAAUGGUAAACGGAGCUGCCGGCCAUGCGGCGCACACUAUCAACAAUUUGUUACGUAUAAUAGGAGUGCCGAUGAUGUCAAAUCGCUUUGAUAGAGACAACUAUGUCAUAAUCAACUGGAAUAAUGUUGCAAUGGGUAAAGAACAGUAUUUAGAAAAAGCACCAGAAGAAGCAUGGAUAGUCCAAAUACCGUACGACUUUGAAAGCGUCACCCACGCACCAGCCAACUACAUGUGUAGUAGAUGUGAUCUUGGAGCCACCACUGUGCAGCCUAUACAGGAUAAACUUUGGCAACGCACUCUAUCUAUGGGGCAUACGAAAAAUCUCAGUGAAUCUGAUGUGAAGCUUGUCAAUAUAUUGUACGGUAACCAGUGUAGCAAAACAAUACAAAAAUAAAUUAUUUACUAAUA